GAUGAGGAGCUCCGCAAGUCCAUGCCCCCGGCCAUUGCCUUCGUCGACGCCGCCUGCGCCAAGCUCGUGUCUUCGGCUGCCGGCCUCAACGACAACCCGGACAACUCGGCCCUCCGCCAGGAGAUGGUCGAGGCCACCAAGUCCAUCCUCACGGGCACCCGCAGCGUGCUCGAGGUGUACGACGACUCCGAGGUCCGCCACAUUGUCCGGUCGUGCGACGGGGCCACCGAGUCCCUGAAUGCCAUCAUCGCGGCCUCCGAGCCCCAGGACAUCAUCCGCCACCUGCAGCCCGCUUGCCAGCGCAUCCUGGCCGUCUCGCAGCUGGCCGAGCGCCGUGUCGCCGAGAUCGUCGACCCCUGGCUCAAGGAGGACCUCGCCACCUCGAAGGCCCUGGUCAGCAAUGUGUCCACCCGCUUGGUGGCCGUGCUCAAGAUGGCCGCUCUCAACCCGACCGACCCGUCGGCCAAGGAGUCCAAGGACUCCACCCUGCAGCGUCUGGUCCACGGCGUUGAGGAGAUCCGCCGCAUUGUCCAGAUCGAGCCUCCCCCUCACAACGAGGACCUCCUCCUGGGCGACCACUCGCGCCACCGCGGCAACUUCGUCGAGAAGCUCGUCGACCUCAACCGCGCCACCCUCAACGGCAGCAAGAGCGACAUCCAGACCGCCCACACCGCCCUCAACGAGGCCUGCGAGCCGAUUCUCGCGGCGGCGGCCGCCUCCCUGGCCCGCCCGGCGGUCGAUGCCGACGCCCAGCAUCGCCACACCAUGGUGAACAAGUCGCAGGAGGACUUCCUGGCGGCCAAGCAGCGCCUCGACCUGGCGGUCAACCAGGCGGCCCAGUUCGCCGGGGACGACUCGCUGGAGGCGGUGGCCGCCCGGACCGAGGUCCUGGAGGCUUCGCGUUCCAUCGACGCGGCGUACCUUUCCCUGGCCACCAAUGUGGCCGGUGCCGAUCUGGAUGAGGCCCUGCGCCUGGUGGAGUCGCUGAUCACCGCCGACCCGGCCUCCGGCACGGAGACCCUGCUCAACAAGCUGGGCAACGCCGCGCGCGCCGGCAACAAGGAGGACGUGGAGAAGUACCUGGCCAAGGUGCAGGAGGAUCUGGCCGUGCUGGAGGCGGCGGCCGAGGCGGCUGCCGCCGCCGCGCCGGACGCCGAGCGCGCGCGCGCCAUUCGCCAGGCCGCCGCCGAGCUGACCCAGGCCUACCCGGAGCUGGCGGCCGCCGCUCGCGCCCUGGCCGCCAACCCUGGCAAUGCCCUGGCCGCCGAGUACUUCCAGCAGGUGUCCGGGUCGUGGGACAACUCGGCCCGUCGUCUGCGGGAUGCCAUGCUGGAUGCCAGCAGCCCGGAGGCCAUGGUGGCCUUCCACCGGGCCAUGGCUGCCUCGCACCUGGAUGACUUCCGCGAGGCCUGCCGCACGCAGGAUCCCGGCCGUCUGAUGGCGGCCUCGGUGGCCAUCAGCGCCCGUGUGCAGGAUGCCCUGACCGUGGCCAAGGCCGAGAUGGAGCACUCCACCGAUCCGGAGUAUCGCCAGCGCCUGCAGGUGUGCAUCGAUGACACCAUUGCCUCGCUGGCCGGUCUGCAGGAGGCCGCCAAGGGGGCCUUCCUGGCUCCGAACGACCCGGCCGCCAUGGCCAAGCUCGACGCGGCGGUGGCUCGCAUUGAUGAUACCCUGGGCGAGCUGCAUGCCACCAUCGCGCGUCAGCAUGGCACCGGUGCGGAGGCCGGCGCCUUUGCCGGUGCCACCGACGUCGACCCCGAGGCCUGGAAGGGCAUCGAGGACUCGCUGUCGACCAUGGCCCGCCUGGCGGAGGAGGCCGCCGCCGAGGAGGCCGCCCGUCUGGAGGCCGAGGAGGCUCGCAAGGCGGAGGAGGCUCGCAAGGAGGCCGAGGCCCGUGCGGCCGCCGCCGCGGCCGCCGCCGAGGAGGAGGCCCGCAAGGAGGCCGAGCGCCUGCUGCGCGAGGCCGAGGAGCGUGCCAAGGCCGCCGAGGCCGCCCGUGCGGCCGCCGCCAAGGCCCGCGCCGAGAAGGAGGAGGCCGAGCGCGCGGCCGCCGCCGCCAAGGCCGAGGCCGAGGCCGCCGCUCUGGCCGCCCUGGCCGAGGCCGGCGAGGUGGUCAUCGUCGAUGCCCCGGCCCCGCAGCUCCUGAACGCCGCGGAGGCCGCCGCCAACCCGGUGCGCGCCAACGCCAUGCGUCUCAAGGUCGAGGCCUCCAAGUGGGACUCCGCCGGCAACAACCUGGUUCAGCUGGCCGAGUCCCUCUCCGAGCAGAUGGCCCAGCUGGAGAACCUGGCCCGCUCCGGCGCCCGGCGCGAGCUCAUCGAUCUGGCCAAGAAGAUCGCCAAGGAUGCCAACUCCUUCGAGGCCCUUGCCCGGCCGAUCGCCAAGGACUGCACGGACCGCCGGCUGUCGCGCGACCUCGACACUUCGGCCGACCGGAUCCCCACCGUGUCGACGCAGCUGCGUGUGCUGGCCACCGUGCGUGCCGCCAACCCCGGCACCGCCGAGGGCGACGAGGACUACCAGAUGCUGGUCCAGUGUGCCCUGAGCCUGAUGGACGGCGUGCGGGCCACGCUCAAUGGCGCCCAGUCGGCUUCCAUCCGCUCGUCCAACCCGGCCACCGCCCUGCCCUGGCGCCGGCGUGUGUACCGCGGCGGCGACAACGACGACGGUGCUCUCCCGGUCAUGGCCCUGGCCGCUGAGGUUGCCAAGAUGUAAGUGCGCACGCCGUCGUUUGACGGUGUGUCACCCUCUGCCAUUGCGCCCAUUGCCACGCUGCGUGCUGGCUGCGGUGCCGCGCCACCUUCGCGUGGAUGUGUGGGUGGAUGUGUGUGUGCCACGACACAUCCCGCAACGUGUUUCCUUGUGCCCGCCCCUCGUGCCUCUGGCCUAGCCUCUCCUCCCCCUCCAUGCCGCUUGCCAUUCGGGGGAGUUGUCUUUUGCUCUGUCCCCCCCUUUCCGCGCACGACGCGGGCGGGAAGGGCGUGCGGCAUCUUCCCUCCCCUGCCGCCGACGCGCGCUGUUCUCUCCUCCCCCUUUCAAAAAUACACACAUCGAAUGUCCC